AUGACUUGGCAUCAUCAAAAAGAUUAUGCAAAUGAUGGUUGUAUGAGACACCCAAGAGAUUCUCCAGCAUGGAUGACUUUUAAUCACAAACAUAAAGAUUUUGCUGCAGAUCCUCGAAAUGUUAGACUUGGAUUAGCUUCUGAUGGAAUGAAUCCUUUUAAGACAUUAAGUGUAAGUCACAGCACAUGGCCAGUUAUUAUGAUACCAUAUAAUCUCCCUCCAUGGAUGUGUAUGAAACAACCUAAUUUUAUUAUGUCCUUGCUCAUACCUUGUCUAGAAGCACCUGGAAAUAAUGUUGAUAUAUAUUUGGAGCCAUUAAUCGAAGAGUUAAAAACUUUAUGGGAAGUGGGAGUUGAAACUUUUGAUGCGUCCACGAAAAAAAACUUCAUGUUACGAGCAUCACUACUAUGGACUAUUAGUGAUUUCUCAGCAUAUGCAAACUUAUCAGGAUGGAGCACUAAAGGAAAAUAUGCAUGCCCAUCUUGUCACGAAGACACUUAUUCUUUGUGGUUGAAGCAUAGCAAAAAGCAUUGUUAUAUAGGUCAUCGUCGUUGGUUAGAAAUCAACCACUCAUUUAGAAAUGAUGAAAAGUCUUUCGACGGCAUAAAAGAGAAAAGAUUGGCUCCAACACCAUUGAAUGGAUCUAUGAUACUAGAUAGGUUAGAAGGCUACCAAAUUAAAUUUGGAAAGACAGUUGUUAAUCCUCAGUUGCCACAUAGUUGGAAGAAAAGGAGUAUAUUUUUUGAAUUACCUUAUUGGAAGGAUAAUUUGUUACGACAGAAUCUUGAUGUGAUGCAUAUUGAAAAAAAUAUAUGCGAAAGUUUAAUUGGGACAUUAUUGAGUUUAGACACAAAAAAUAAAGAUAAUUUGAAUGCACGUCUUGAUUUAAAAUUUAUGGGCAUUAGAUCUGAACUUCAUCCAAAGGAGAACGAAUCUAAGAGAACUGUCAUACCACCUGCUUGUUUUACUUUAAGCAAAGAUGAAAAAUUUAUCUUUUGUCAAUUUUUGAAGACAAUUAAAGUUCCAGAUGGAUAUGCUGCUAAUAUUUCAAGAUGUGUUGAUGAAAAACAACGAAAAAUUCAUGGCCUCAAAAGUCAUGAUUUCCAUAUUAUUAUUAUGACUCAACUACUACCACUAGCAUUGAGGGGAAUGUCAAGCCCGCAUGUUCGUCUACAUAUAACUACUUUAAGUAACUAUUUUCGAAUGAUGUAUUCGAAAGUUGCUCGACAACAAGAUUUUAUGCAACUUGAACAGGAAAUAUCAAUUACUCUUUGCAAUCUUGAAAAAUUGUUUCCUCCAUCAUUUUUUGAUAUAAUGGUUCAUUUGGUGAUCCACUUAGCAUAUGAGGCGAGAAUUGCUGGACCAUCAGUUUAUCGUUGCAUGUACCCCAUUGAAAGGUACUUAUCUAAGUUGAAGUCAUACGUUCGAAACAAAAGCAAACCGGAAGGUUGUAUUGUUGAAGGAUAUCUAGCUGAUGAAUGCUUAACAUUUUGCUCAAGAUAUAUGGAAGGUGUGGAGACAAAAUUUAAUCGUCAACCUAGAAAUUACAGUAACUCGGAACAAAAUAGAGAAAUGCUACCUAUUUUCCAAACGACAGGUCGACAUUUGGGGAAAAUUGAUACUAAGACUUUAGAUGAGGAUACGAAAACUAAGGCACAUAGAUAUGUAUUAUUUAAUUGUAAUGUCGUGGACUCGUUUAUUGAGGAGCAUCGCAAUAUCAUUGCACAACGAAAUUCUCGUCAAAGAGCAAUGACUGUGGAUCGGAUUCAUAGACAAUUAUAUCCUUCCUGGUUUGCUGAAAAGUCUUAUUUGCAAAGUGAAGUUUGUGGGGCACCUUCUGAUGAUGAGAAUGAAAAUAUUAGUUUAAUUAGGAAAGAUAUGCCAGCCAUAAUUAUUGAUACAUCAGUGUUAUUAGAUGCAAAUUACAUGGAUGAAGAAGUUUAG